AGCUGACAGUCACCUGAUUUUGUUAGCCAACCUCAGAGCUAACCAACAAAAAUAUUGUUUGGUCGUUUAUUUCUUUCCCUUUCGUCCCCUUUUCUCUGUCUUUUCGUUCUUUAUCAGAAGAUAGAAUAACUCCCCAGGUUCUCCCUAACCAUGGACGAAACCAGUCCACUUGUCUCUCCGCUCCGGGACUCUGGGGAUUUCAACUACUGCACCACGGAGCCAAACAGCCCGCGGGGCGCUUUCGGGAACACACCGGGCUCUGUGGUGCGAGUCUCAGCUGGGAGUCCUGGACGGAGUCGGGAGAGACAGCCGCUACUGGACCGGGACCGGGGACAGGCUUCAAGGGAGCAUCAUAGGAACGAAUUCCCGGAAGAUCCUGAAUUUAGAGAAAUCAUCCGCAAGGCCGAACGGGCCAUAGAGGAGGGGAUCUACCCAGAGAGGAUCUACCAAGGCUCCAGUGGAAGCUAUUUUGUCAAAGACUCUCAGGGGAAAAUUAUUGGUGUCUUCAAGCCAAAAAAUGAAGAACCGUAUGGCCAGCUGAAUCCCAAGUGGACAAAGUGGCUCCAGAAACUGUGUUGUCCCUGCUGUUUUGGCCGCGACUGUUUGGUUUUAAACCAGGGCUACCUGUCAGAAGCUGGAGCCAGCCUGGUUGAUCAGAAGCUGGAACUCAAUAUUGUCCCCAGGACCAAGGUGGUGUAUUUGGCAAGUGAAACGUUCAACUAUAGUGCCAUCGAUCGGGUCAAGUCACGAGGGAAACGGCUGGCUCUAGAGAAGGUGCCCAAAGUCGGCCAGCGCUUCCACAGAAUCGGACUCCCACCCAAGGUUGGCUCCUUCCAACUGUUUGUUGACGGAUACAAGGAUGCCGAUUUCUGGCUUCGGAAGUUUGAAGCGGAGCCUCUCCCAGAAAACACAAACCGUCAGCUACAGCUACAGUUUGAACGGCUCGUUGUCCUUGAUUACAUCAUCAGGAACACAGAUAGAGGAAAUGACAACUGGCUGCUGAAAUAUGACUUACCCAUGGAUUCUGGGGGGAACAGGGACACAGACUGGGUUGUAGUCAAGGACCCUAUCAUCAAGUUGGCAGCUAUAGACAAUGGCCUUGCCUUUCCACUCAAACACCCUGACUCCUGGAGAGCAUACCCUUUCUACUGGGCGUGGCUGUCCCAAGCUAAAGUUGCUUUCUCCCAGGAAAUCAGGGAUUUGGUGCUACCCAAACUUUCAGAUCCAAACUUUAUCAAAGAUCUGGAAGAGGACCUCUAUGAACUAUUUAAGAAAGAUCUAGGUUUUGACCGGGGACAGUUUCAAAAACAAAUAUCUGUUAUGAGGGGACAGAUCCUAAACCUUUGCCAAGCACUGAAGGAAGGUAAAUCCCCGCUCCAGCUGGUCCAGAUGCCUCCAGUUAUCGUUGAAACAGCUAGAGCACCUCAAAGAGCAAACAGUGAAUCCUACACGCAGAGCUUUCAGAGUAGAAGACCCUUCUUCACCUGGUGGUAGGACCAAAGGAAAAACAGCAGCAGAUUCAAAUUGCUUUGGUGAGAAGCAUCUCCGCAUGGAUGCAAGAGAAAAAAUCCCGCUACCUCUCCUCUCCUUGUGGAUUUUUUUGUUUUUGCUGCAGAAGAAGGUUGUUGGACGGAGAAAUUAGGCAAAAGAAGAGGGAUUUCCCAAAAUAUCAUCCCUGUUUGCAUCCGUGCCUUGUGUGAAUAUGAUCAAAGAAGGUUCUGUGCAAUGGCAUUGUUUUCUGCACUCAUGGGUGCAUGUUAUGGUUACUUACCCACCCACUUGCACACCAGUCAGAAUCUUCUCAUUGGUUUAUUUUUGAAUGAGAGGUUUCUUGCAUUCCAUUUUUUUUGUUUUUAUUUUUUAUUUUUUUCCUUGCACCUGUCCAUACUUGUACACAUUUCCUCUGCUACGCAGUGCCAAUACAAUUGUUUUUCAUUAGGUUAGAGAAGUCUUUCCUGAGGCUUACUCACACAUUUAGGAAGAGGGCACUGAAGUGGUUUGUAUGUCCAAAAUUUGACCAUAUGAACUGGUUUCACGAUAUGCAUUGUCUCCAUGGUGAUUGCAAUGCAGUAACACUGAGGUACGUACAGUUACAGAGUUUCGAUAAAAUAGGAGCCAUAUAACUUGUUUGCCUAAAUUUCAUUUUCCUGCAAAUGAAUAAUUUUAUGAAAAAGGAAAGUUAUGCAUCUUUAACUAAACAGUGAGGUGUGACAAUUUCUAGCUGCUCCUGUUUUUCCUCCGUCAUGAUGAUUGUUAGAUCAUGAUGAUUUGUGGCUCUUGUGUGGACCCGCUUGAAAGAGAGGAAGUAACACGCUACUGAACUGACAUGAAAUGUGUUGUGACAGUGCACUGUAUAAUUUGUAUGUAAUAUUUAAUGAAAAUUAU